GAUAGCCGCGAUAGGCAGAUCAGGCUCUUUUGCACACUGGCAGAGAACGCUCUUUUUCUGUAAAAAAAAAGAUUGGCAAUUUAUAUUAACAAAUUGCUAAAAGCCAAAAGUUUGCGAUGUCCGACAACAAUGAAGCGUCAGUCGAAACUAACUGUUUCCGCAGUAGCUUCACCCUGAAGGCCUCGCGCUUGGGCGGGGCUGUGCUCCGACCGGCAGUGCUGGCCAACAGCAGCGGUUCCCCCAAUACCUCCGGCGCCAGUGGCAGCGACAAAUCGGAGGACAGUGUCCUGAUUAACAAUCCCUUUCUGCGCGAGGCGAAGGACGAGGAGGAGGAGGCAGACGACGUCUCGGCCCCGGUGGCCCAAUCCUCCAGCGAGAAGGUGGCGGAGAAGGAGGACGAAGAGGUCGACGAGCGCCCAGAUCCGCUGACCAAGCUGCGCAGCAACGGCAUUGAACGCUCCAGUAUGUUUGCCGCUGCCAAGAACAACAUGCCUCAUGUCCAGACCAGCGGCUUCGUGUUUGGUCAGAACGUACACGAGCGCGUGGUUGCCCCCAUUACGGAUCAGGCCAGCGCCGAGGAAGCUGAGGCGGGAGCCAAUUCAGGAUCGGGUGCCCAGGAGGCCGCUUCCUCCUCCACAACCACUUCGUCACAGCUGCUAUUUUCUAGCGUCAUCCAGAACGCUGCCCAGACCACAGAUACCAGCGAGGCUGCAGCAGCUUCCUCCUCUACCUGCACCAGCAGCAACAGCAAUAACAACAAGGAAUCAGCAGAGGCCAAGAGCCUGACAGAUGUGGCCCGGGAGUACGAGGAGAGCCGCGCCCAGAAGCGCAAGUACGAGGAGGUGGAGACCUUCACCGGCGAGGAGGACGAGAUAAACAUAUUGGACGUCAGCUGCAAGCUGUUUGCCUUCCUGAACAGCAACUGGGAGGAGCGGGGCCGCGGCAGCCUGCGACUGAACGAUGCCAAGGACGGGCGCGGCAACUCCCGCGUGGUCUUCCGUACCUCCGGCAAUCUACGUUUGCUGGUCAACACCAAAGUCUGGGCCGCCAUGGUGGCGGAGCGGGCCAGCCAGAAGUCUCUUCGCCUGACGGCCAUCGACAACUCGGGCGUGGUAAAGAUCUUCCUGGCAAUGGGUCGUCCGGCGGACAUCGCCCAGCUAAUUAAGGCACUCAGUGAACGCAUCGCCAAGCGCAAGGUCACGCAUCCGGAGGAGUGCAACGUGGAGGAGACGAAAAACGGUGUGGCUUCAGAGGCCGCCGCCAGCCUGCAGCCGGAGUCGACUACCCAUGAUGACGAGGACGAGGAUAAUGCAUCAGGAGCUGCGGGGUCCUCCGGCACCGUUUCUGCCGAAGCAGACAGCAACGAGCCGAGCCCCAAGAAGUUGAUCGUCCAGCCAGAUAGCAGUGGCGAUGUCCGCGUGCCUCCAGUGGAACAGGCCGAUGAGGAUGCCGAGGCCGAGGCCAAGGAUCAGAAUUAACCGCCACCGCUCGAUCUUCUUUUUAUACGAUUCAUACUUGGAGUAACACACAACAAACAACAACAACAACCACUAAUUAAAAACGCGCCGUGAAUUAUUAUAAAUUAAUUAUAAUAAUUUAUUAAUAAUUAUUAUUAUUAAAAGUAAAAUAAAUGAAGUGCUGAUUUGUGAACCCAUGAGCAGCGUCUACAAAA